GUUUAUCCGUAUUCUGCUCUCCUGUUUCAUAAUUUUAUUUAAUCACUUAUAAAUUAAGUGAAAUAAAAAAAACAUUCUGCAUCGCAAUGCCAACCGCGAGUGCCGCAACAUGGGUAAAGUUCUUCACCAACGCUGGGAUACCAUCACAAGCCGCAGCCGGAUAUGCGCACGUCUUUGUGGAAAAUCGUAUCCAGUUGGAUAUGCUGUCCGAUUUAAAUAAAGAAUAUCUGCGCGAAAUGGGAAUCACGACAAUGGGAGAUAUAAUUGCGAUACUGCGACAUUCAAAAGCAGUAAACGAACAAAGUGCCCGCGAACGUGUACUAGCUUCGCCAGGCGAUAUCGACCACGGGAGCACUUCAGUACCGGUUGCAGCGAUUUCAGCUACACAAAAUUCCGUACCGAAGUCCGUUAUUUCCAGACCGAAUUCUACAGUCUCGCUUCCCAAUAAGCCACGAAAAGUAUUUCCUGAGCACAAGAUCACACUGCCGCUGGCUGGAUCUAGCAGCGGAUACAAUCGAACUGCCAGUGACGUUUUAGAGAAAAGAGCCGCUUCAGUAUCAACGAUUAACGAAGCUGGACAUGAAGCAAAAGUUUUUAAACGUUUUUCACAUAACUCUGAUGGCGAUCAGGAUGACGAGGAUGAGGACGAUGACCAACCACCCGCAAAGAUUUCUUCUAAAGUAACACUGAAGAAAGCGGAAGCUCCGUCUGCAUCUAUAUUUUCUCGUCUUGGUGAAAAAAGCAAACGAAGCAUCAUUGACGGACCAGCUGGAAUACUGAAAAAGUCCCCAAUUAAGCCGAUAUUUUCAGAGAGAAGAAUCACAUCGGGCACGCAAAAGGUAAUGUUGGUUAAAAAAAUUCCAGCAAAAGCUGUGUCUGUUUCAGAUGAAGAAGGUGAAAGGGGGUCCUCUCGAGGUCAUCAGUACUCUAAUCUCAACGCAAUGGAAACGAACGAACCACAAAAGACGGUUUCGUUUUCGGAAGAAGAUGAAAUUUUGGAAAUUGCUCCUCGCCCACCAAAUCGUCCCUUCGCUGUCACUGGACCGCGAUUACGCUUCAAUGAGCGUGAAAUAUCAAUCAAAGCUCGCCUUGGUAAUUCACCUAAUCGUAAACCGCCAAUAGCAUCGCUACGAGGACCGAGGAGAACAAUUGCAAUGAAACCAGCAAGAACUCCAGCAGGAAAUAUAACAAGCUUGUCACCGUCUUCUUUAGUACGAUCCAAAAUGAAGUCGGAUGCAAUGCUGCUCCGUAAGGAAACUCCCAUUCGGAAUCGACUGACUUUGGUGGGAAGAAAUUAUACAGCACAGAGAAAUAAUCAACCCACACGCAACGAAAAAUUGAUUGAUCCUCAGCGGAUUACCAAAACUUUCGAUCUGGAUUCAAAAAUGUCAAAUUUAUAUGUCAAAAGACCUCGUCCAGGUCAUCACUCGGGCAGAAACUCAACCCAGCAUAAUAAAGGCUCACCCGUAGGCAGUGUCUUCGAUCGUCUUGGUUACAAUCAACAAUAAGCUACCAAUUUUCCGCUAGAGGAUCUCGAGUUGCUAUUCAGUCAAAAAAAAUAUACAACUAGAAAUACUAACAAAAAUUUAUGAUUCUUUACUGAACGAACCUAUUCAGUACUAUCAGUUGAUGGAAACAAUGUUUUCCAGUAAGAAAACAGCAGCAAUUAUUUUCACUGGGUAAAAAAUAAAUUGAAUUUAUUUUGGUAGUAUUUGCCAACAAACAAAUGUUUAGUAGUAAAAAUUGUGUUAUGCCUAAUUACACUGAUCUUUGCUAACUUUCUAAGUUCGACUUUAUUAUUAUUAAAUGAUUCCGAAU